AUGGUGAGUGAUCUAGCUGAGAUCUCUUAUGAAGCUUUAGAGGAGAUAAAUGAGAAUAAUCUGAGCAUGGUGAGUGAUCUAGCUGAGAUCUCUUAUGAAGCUUUAGAGGAGAUAAAUGAGAAUAAUCUGAGCAUGGUGAGUGAUCUAGCUGAGAUCUCUUAUGAAGCUUUAGAGGAGAUAAAUGAGAAUAAUCUGAGCAUGGUGAGUGAUCUAGCUGAGAUCUCUUAUGAAGCUUUAGAGGAGAUAAAUGAGAAUAAUCUGAGCAUGGUGAGUGAUCUAGCUGAGAUCUCUUAUGAAGCUUUAGAGGAGAUAAAUGUGAGAAUGGGUGGAUCUAUGGGUAGGCAGAUUGACAGCUUGCUUGUCAGAACCUGGCAGUGCUUAGGUUUGGAGAAGGUGGGCCGUGACUCCAGUUAUGAGCAGGAAGGGAAGGUGCAGUUUGUGAUGGAUGCAGUUUAUGCGAUGGCACACGCUCUGCAUCGCAUGCAUAAGGACUACUGCUUCGGCUAUCCGGGCCUGUGUCCCCGCAUGAGCAAUAUCAAUGGAAAAGAGCUUCUGGGAUACAUCAGAAGCGUUAACUUUAAUGGAAGUGCCGGGACUCCGGUGAUCUUCAAUCAGAACGGGGAUGCACCUGGACGAUACGACAUAUUUCAGUAUCAGAUAACCAACAAAUCAACGGCUGAGUAUAAAGUGAUCGGCCAAUGGACCAACAAACUUCAUCUCAAUGUGGAAGCCAUGCGCUGGCAGAAAGGUGAAAACACGUUUCCAGUCUCCGUGUGUAGCGUUCCUUGCCGAAUGGGUGAAAGGAAGAAGAUAGUGAAGGGCGUUCCCUGCUGCUGGCACUGUGAGCGAUGUGAAGGAUACCACUUCCAGGCCAGCGAGUUCAGCUGCGAGCUGUGUCCAUACGAGCAGCGCCCCGACCGCAAUCGUACCGGCUGCGUCCCGAUUCCCAUCAUCAAACUGGAGUGGCACUCGGCUUGGGCGGCCGUGCCCAUGUUCAUCGCCGUCCUGGGCAUCUUGGCCACUAGUUUUGUGGUGGUCACCUUCGUACGCUACAACGACACACCCAUCGUGCGCGCUUCUGGCCGAGAGAUGAGCUACGUGCUGCUGACGGGCAUUUUUUUGUGUUACGCCAUCACCUUCUUGAUGAUCUCCACCCCGAGUUUGGCUGUUUGCUCGUUUCGCCGUGUGUUCCUUGGUUUGGGCAUGUGCUUCAGCUAUGCCGCCUUGCUGACCAAGACCAAUCGCAUCCAUCGAAUCUUCGAGCAGGGCAAGAAGUCCGUGGCUGCCCCGCGCUUCAUAAGCCCCGCCUCUCAGCUGGUCAUUACCUUCAGUCUGAUCUCGGUGCAGCUGCUCGGCGUGUUUAUGUGGUUUGCCGUGGACCCGCCUCACACGGUGGUGGACUACGGCGAGCAACGCACAUCUGACCCGGUGAAGGCCCGCGGGGUUCUCAAGUGUGACAUCUCGGAUCUGUCGCUCAUCUGUUCGCUGGGCUACAGCAUCCUUUUGAUGGUCACAUGCACUGUUUAUGCCAUCAAGACCAGGGGUGUGCCGGAGACUUUCAAUGAGGCUAAGCCGAUUGGAUUUACUAUGUACACUACCUGCAUCAUCUGGUUGGCAUUUAUACCAAUCUUCUUUGGAACGGCACAGUCGGCAGAGAGGAUGUAUAUCCAGACCAGCACGCUCACUAUCUCUCUCAGUCUCAGUGCGUCUGUAUCUCUGGGGAUGCUCUACAUGCCCAAGGUCUACAUCAUCAUCUUCCACCCGGAGCAGAACGUCCCCAAACGCAAGCGCAGCUUCAAAGCUAUCGUCACUGCCGCCACCAUGUCAGGAAAACUCGUCACAAAAGGAGGCGACCGACCCAACGGAGAGGUUAAAACUGAACUCUGUGAGAGCAUGGAGACCAAUACGUCCUCCACCAAGACGACAUACGUCAGCUACAGCAAUCAUGCCAUCUGAAAAGAGCCACAGUCUUUGGACAAGUCUAAACCAGGACAGCCGACAGGGCAAAUGGACCUUACACAGGCAUAUAAGCAUGAGAUUUUUUUAUCGUUCUGCAUCAAACAGAAACCUGCGGCAUCCAGGGAGAGAAACGUAUUUACGGGAUAGACUGCUGUCCCGUGCCGAAGAGCUAGCGGUCCUGCCGUAAAUCAGCACCAUAACACUCAGAAAUGGCAACAAAAACCCGAUGCCGCCGGCUCACAGUCAUGACAAGCAAAAAAAUCAAUACCCCUGUGAAAAAAUGGUGUAAACAUUCUGCAGAUGGCAAAUGCAUUCACAGUAAACUUUGGAUAUGUGGAUGUUAAAAGAAGAUAUAUUAAAACUACCAGAGUCGAAUAUGUUUGUUGUUAAGCUACUUGUAUUUUUGUGGUCGUGCAGAAGUUUUUCAUUCUUGUCUCACUUUGUCAGAAUCCUGCAUUCUAAGAUGACUUGUCUUGUAUUGGCUGACUGAGAUGUAAUACUGGGGUUGUGAAGCUGUAAAAUGCCAUGGUUGAAGCAUGCUAGUUUUUAUACUAAAAAAAAGAUUUAUUUAUAAUAAA